GACGCGUGACGUCAUCAUCAUAACAGAAUAAACACGGAUGAUAUUGGACGGAGAGGAAGUACACUUGGAAGACUAAUGAGGUUAUAAAUUGUGGUUUAAAAUUAGUUUAGCGAAACUAACUCGUAGUGGAGCUGAACUUUAACCGAACUAACGUAGGCUAACUCGCUUUCCUCGAUAGUUUGAGACCAUGAACUGACUUCACUUCUUUAUGUUGAACUUCAGGACGAAGCACAACGACAGGCAAUCAUCAUGUUCAGCUUUCUUGGACUCCGUAAGGACUCAAAGAAGCCAACGACUGAGAAGGAAGUAGAUGGAGGCUUCGUCAUGAUUGGAGAGACGAUGGAAGAACAGAGGAGGAAGAUACAGAACAUGAACAUCGCACAUCCGUCAACAAACGUCAUCGUGCAGCCGUCCAGGUCUUACUGUCCACUUCCAGCUCAGGCCACAAACCUCCCUGCAGCUUCACCCGUCUCGGCUCCAGCAGCAGGAAGCUCAGCGGUGGAAGCUGCUCCGACUCACCCUGACCUCCUCGGGGACAUCCCCUUCACUCUGGCUCCUCACGUCCUGGCCAUGCAGGCUGGAUUCCCCCUGAUCCCCGACGUGCUGAUGUCCCGGGACAUAAACUACAACCUGGCUAGUUUUCAGUACGACUUCACUUUAGAAAACUCCGUGCUGCAUAACGUCUAGUCUUUUCAAAUUUAAACAUCAGGUAUGGUGAUAGGAGUCAGAUUGUUGGUUUUUCUGGACACUCCACAAUAAGUGGAACAAGAAAAUGUGAUUCUGUAGCAUUAAGAUCAACUUAAAGGUUAUCCAAAUGACAUAAAACAAAUCAUUUCUGUAAUUACAAACAAAUUUAAGCUGUCACGUUCUUGCCCAUCUUUAGAGGAAAGGAAAUCAAAUAACGCUGGAAGGGACAAACGGGAGCAAGAAGCUUUUCUAUCUGUUGGUCUAGUAGAUCUGAGCUUGACUUUAUAUUCAUAGUUAACUUCAUUCUCAUGGUGUUUCUCUUAAUGUUAACAAAGUUAGCAGCUGUUCAAGCUUUAGAUCAGUCAGAUGUAAAAAAAAAAAAAUCUAACUCAUCACUUGGUAAGAAAUGGGAACAUCGUCCCAAAAAUGUUGUAAGGGUAAAGUAGAAAAUUAACAGGCCUUGUUUAUGGUUUUAAAACUCAAGUGUCCCAGAUCUUUACCCUUGUUACUGUAGAACAACCAACUACGGAAAGUGAGUUGGGUCAAAGUUUAACCAAGGAGUUGGUCUAUAAACUGUUGUGGGUGGUUUACAAUCAUAGAGGAUGUAGCUCCUUCAGUAACUUUAAUCACAAUAAGUUCCUCUGAUGUCUACAAUUCUGCUUCCUGCACCAAAUCCAACAAGUCCAGACAAAGUUUCAUGUUUGGGCCAUUUUGUUGUGUAAAGCCUCGGGCUUGGGUUGGUAUAUUAGUAAGAAUUGACUCUCUUAGGUGCCAAUAUUCUGCGUCUUUAUAUUUAACCGAUUGCAACAAUAAGUACACAACACGAAGAGGGAAUCACCAAGAAGACUUUUUCAGUCAGGUGUGAACACAUUUGGACUUUGAAGAUGUAAAAACAGAAGACGUCUGCACGUCUGGGUUACACAUCUUGUUUUUCCUCUUGUGACUUUUUUUGAUGCCUCAAAUUUGCCAGAUCUCAGCGAUGAACUUGUUACCAACAAUCCCCCCCAAAAACAAAACAAACCCUCAGUUUAACCGAAAUGCAAUUUAUCCCUGAAUGAUGUUUGAUACGUCUUUUGCAAAGCCCUCCGAAGUCCUUACGUCUUCUAUUUUUAGAAAGUUGUUUCAUUUCAAACGGUACCAAAGAAGGACGGUUUUCAGGUCUUUUGAGAAAUGUGGCGGUGAAAUAAUGAAGCAAUAACUAUCAUCGAGGCCGAGUGUUUGAACGAGAAUUCAUCUGCCGAGCCAAAUCCAAGUUUUCUGUCGAGUUGUUGCACAGAUAGUUCUAACUCGUGUUGGAUCUAUUGAAAGAUAAAUAGUGAUGUACAAACUGCACCCUGUAGAGAAUAUUAAGGAUGUUAUUGAGUAGGUAAUAGUUCUAUUUUUACACUACAAAAACAGCCAUUAUGUAAUAAUGAAAUAAAAAAGUAAUUAUGCUCAUAUAAGCCAUCUGUUAUUCCUGCCCGUUUUCAGCAGGUGUAAAUGUUCCUCGGCCUUCGAUCAUUUCGAUCCAGCUGAAUUGUUUUUGCCCAUCUCCGUUCGUUUGUGUUAUUUAUUCUGUCUCUGUUUUCUGCUGGUCCGUCUGGGUUUUCAUCGCACACAUGGAUUUUUCAACUUCUUGUUUGGGUUGAUGUGUGCAUUGGGGUUUGAUUUGUAUUUAUUCCCACGGAGUCAUUGCAAAGAAUUUACCAAACCCCCUUUUGAUUUAUUUGUACCUGAUCAAAUGUGUUCUCUUCAAACCUGCCGUGCCUUUCACAGACUGUCAACAAAACGUACAUUCAGUGAUUAUUUUCGAGGGAAAUGCUGAGAUGUCUAUUAUUUUCUAUAGUUUAAUCUGCUCUCUAAUUCUCUCUGUAAAGUUUGUACUGUACCUGUUGAUGCUGAUAAUGUGUUCCUUUGGUUGUGACUUUGGACUGCGACUUAUGUAGCAAAUACAUUUCUAGGAUGUUGUUGAACUUGUUACUGUCUCUCAAUGAUUUGUCCAUGCUUAUGAUCACAUUAAAGGGGACAUAUUAUGAAAAA